UCAUCUUCGUCAACCCAUCGCUCCGAUCCAUCCAUCACUCCUCCUUUUCUUCAAGGUUUUUCAUUCUUCACUUUCGACUAUUUCAAUACGGGUCCUGUAGGUGUUAGUAUAGCAAGAAAGGGCCUUAGAAUGGCAGAAGACGAUAUAUAUACAAAAGAUGGUACUGUUGAUAUGCGUAAGAAUCCUGCUAAUAAGAAGAAGACUGGAAAUUGGAAGGCCUGCCGCUUCAUUCUUGGGAAUGAAUGCUGUGAAAGAUUGGCAUAUUAUGGAAUGAGUACCAAUCUGGUGAACUAUCUUCAAAUACGUCUCAACAUGGACAAUGUAGCUGCUUCAAAUAGUGUUACCAGUUGGUCAGGAACCUGCUACAUUACGCCAUUGAUUGGAGCCUUCUUGGCCGAUGCUUACUUGGGAAGAUAUUGGACGAUUGCCAGUUUCUCAAUCUUAUAUGUCUUUGGCAUGACAUUGUUGACGAUGGCUGCUUCAGUCCCUGGAUUAAAGCCAUCAUGUGACAGUACUGGUUGCCAUCCAAUGGGAGGCCAAACUGCUGCCACAUUCAUGGCACUUUACUUGAUCGCCCUUGGAACAGGGGGGAUCAAGCCCUGUGUUUCGUCUUUUGGGGCUGACCAAUUUGAUGAAACGGAUGAAGUUGAAAGAAAGAAGAAGAGCUCCUUCUUCAAUUGGUUUUACUUUUCAAUCAACGUGGGUGCCAUGAUUGCUUCAUCAGUUCUUGUGUGGAUACAAAUGAAUGUAGGCUGGGGGUGGGGCUUUGGAGUUCCUGCAGUAGCCAUGGCUGUUGCUGUUGUGUUUUUCUUCUCUGGUAGCUCUUUGUACCGUCUUCAAAAGCCUGCAGGAAGUCCUCUCACCAGAAUUUUGCAAGUAAUCGUCGCAGCUUGUCGGAAACACGGGGUACGAGUUCCAGAAGAUAAGUCUCUCCUUUAUGAGACUGCUGAUGAUGUUGAGUCAAAAAUUGAAGGAAGUCGCAAGCUCGAGCACACGAACAAGUUGAAGUUCCUAGAUAAGGCUUCUGUAGAGACUGAAAAUGAUAGGAUGAAGGGCCAAAUAGACGCAUGGAGUCUUUGUACAGUGACACAAGUUGAGGAGCUGAAGAGCAUUGUCCGGUUGUUGCCUGUGUGGGCGAGUGGAAUAGUAUUUUCAGCAGUGUAUAGCCAAAUGAGCACCAUGUUCGUUCUACAAGGCAAUACAAUGGAUCAGCACAUUGGGCCAAGUUUCAAAAUCCCAUCAGCCUCGCUUUCGAUCUUCGAUACCCUCAGCGUGCUCUUCUGGGCUCCGGUAUAUGAUAAACUCAUCGUCCCAUUGGCCAGGAAGUUCACCAAAAAUGAGCGUGGCUUCACACAGCUACAACGGAUGGGAAUAGGACUGGUCAUCUCUGUGUUUUCCAUGGUUACAGCCGGUGGCUUGGAAGUUGUGAGGCUCAAGUACGUAAGGAAGAACAACCUGUACGAGGUGGAGAACAUUCCGAUGUCGAUUUUCUGGCAAAUUCCGCAGUACUUUUUCAUUGGUUGUGCAGAAGUUUUCACAUUUAUUGGACAGAUGGAGUUUUUCUAUGACCAAGCACCGGAUGCAAUGAGAAGCAUGAUGGCUGCACUGUCUCUCACAACAGUUGGAUUGGGAAAUUACUUAAGCACGUUAAUCGUUACAAUCGUGACGAAAGUGUCGACGAGACACGGGAAGCUGGGGUGGAUUCCUAGUAACUUAAACAAGGGACAUCUUGACUAUUUCUUCUGGCUGUUGGCGAUUCUCAGCGUGGUUAAUUUCUUUGUCUAUCUGUUAGUGGCUAAAAGCUACACUUCCAAAAGGGCAACAGGCCAUUUGCAUUGAAAAUCCAGUCCUUGAUGCUCCCAUACAUUCUCACUUGCUCGCUUUUCAUUACAUUGAGUUGGAUAGCUUUUAAUUCUAGUGUUGAAUGGUCAAAAAGUGUGGAUUGAAGAAUAAUAGUUUGACCAACUUAUUGUUGGGAUUGCUUCUUUUUCUUCUCUUUUCUUUUACAGUGGUGGCUUUGUUGACUUUGUGGACAAAAUUAUUAAACAAAAGGAUUACCUCUAAGAAAG